AUGUAGCUCUCAAAUUCAGAGUAAGAUAUAUUGAAAGAAUUUAACAGUAGAGUUAAAUCAGUUUCUUCUAACUAACAAAGCAACAAAAAUUAAGUUUCUCAUUAAACUAAAGGAUCAGCGACUAUUCAAACAAAUUUAUAAUCAAAUUCAGAUUUAAAUACAACAUAGUUACAAAACGAUGGUUUAACAUAUAUUUAAGAAGACGGUGAUACUUCUAUAAAUUAUUAUAAUCCUUAAAAAUCUUAUAGCUCUGAAAGGCAAUAGCUCAGGUUUGGAGCCGGGGCAAGAGAAUAAAGUUAAGUUAAAUGCGUAUUUGAAUUGCAGCAUGACGAUGAUGAAGAAGAAUAAGAUCAUAGUGUAAACAGAAGUUUGCUGGAUGAUACUCGCAAAUUUUAUAGUAACAUCAAGAAGUCUAACAAUAAUUCAGCUAAAAAAUAUAAAGUAAAUAGCAUCCUUCAACAAAAAAAUAAUGGAAUAGAUGAUUAGAAUUAUCACACUUUUUCUAACAAUAUGUACAAUACUAUUAAUUCAGGAUACGCAAGUAGCACAAACCCUAAUUUAAAUAGUUAAUUGUGCAAUUUGCCUUCAAAUAUUUUACUAAACUCUUAAAAUUAAGGUAAUUUGAGUUUAUUUCACAGUACUAACAACAACAGUUUUAACCAGCUCUUUGAUAAAUCUCCUCCUUGCAAGAAUCUUCCUUUUAUAAAUCCUUAUUUUUUCCCAAAAAAAUAUGUAGGGAGCGGUUAGGUAGGUGAUUAUUCAGGUAAUAGUCAUGACUUUAAAAGAGAUUUAGCAAGUUAAGUUAGUACUUAAAAUGCUACUGCACCUAUGGUGAAAUACUCUGACUUUUUGUUUGCCUAUAAAGGUAAUAAUAAUGAAUAAUUAAAUAUAAGCUACUCUAAUUAUUUGGCUGCAGUUACAUCUUCUUCCUAAAGAAACAAUUCUUAUAGCAGUAACAAUAUAAAUUCAUAAAAAUAUCGAACUCACCAAGACUCUUAAAACUUAGAUUAUCAAGCAAAGCUAAUUUAAGGUAUGAAGAGACCUAGUAGUAAGCAACUUUCUUUAAUAUCAGAUUAGCAUUAAAUAAGUAAUAUUUAGACUUAAGCUAGCUACAAUCACUCCAGAUAAUAGCUUCAUUAUUAAUUGCCUUUAUAACAUUAAAUUUACAAUAACUAAUAAAAUGCAAGCUACUAAAAAUAUAGCUCAGGUAAAAAGUAUUAGAAUAGAAGUUAAUAGUCGCAAGAUGAAAAAUCUAUCCUUAAAAGCAGUUUACUCAGCUAAUUAAAAGAUGAAUCUUAAAACUUUUGCAUUGAGGAUGAAAGCAACUAAAUCUAAGAGGAAGAACUCUAAAAUUAAAACAAUAAUAAUAAUAAUUUGUUCGAUAAACAGUAUUCUAAAGAAACUAAUAACCAAAAAUUAAACAACUUAGAAGAAGAAAUUGACAUUAUGAAUGACUUAUAGCAAAACAAUGAAAAUGCUGCCACAUAAAUUGUUUACGCUGAUUUAAAAAAUAAGUCAAAUUAGCUCAAUCUGUAAAAAAAUGAAUUAGGUUAAACGUUUGAAACAAAUCUAGCUGGUAAUCAAAGGUCUGGUAGAUUUUAGGUCACAGAUUUUAUUAAUUAAUUCAAUAAAAACAACCGUUUAAAAAUAUAUGGAAUUAAAAAUUAUGAGAAACAUUAAGAACAUGAAAUCUUUUUUAACCAUGAAAAUCCUUCAAAAAUAGAUGAAGAAGAAAGGUUUUUCAACACAGCUUCAAAAGGGAAUUCUCUACACAAAUAAAAGAAAUACACUAAAGACGUGAUAUCUCCUGGAAGAGAUCAAUAAAUUGAGCAAAUAGAAGAAACAAAUAGAUAAAUUAAAUCUUUAAGCAAACAUAAAAACUAUCUUAAUUACUCAGAUAAAGAAAAUCAAUGCCUAAAUUAUUCUUAAGCUUAGUCAAGUGUUAGAGAUUCAUAAUUUUAAGAUUGCCAAAAGGUUCUCUUUACAGAUAACUAAACAAAACAAAAUAUACUCUUAGAUAAAGAUUCUCUUAACUCUUCUACAUUAAAUGAAGAUAGAGCUAAAUAGCUUUUUAGUUUUUCUAAGCCUGAAAGCAGACUUUCAUAAUAAAAUUAAGCAAGUUUAAAAUAUUAAAAUUAAAAUAGAUUAAAUUUUGAAUAACAAUACCAUAAAAACACAAAUAAAAAUUAACAAAAGCUAAACUUAAAUAAGUCUGAGGCUUCCUCUAAUCAAGUUAAUUCCUAAUAAUUUACCACCUUUUCUCCUUCAAAAAGAAUAUAAGGUAUUGUUUAAGAAGUAAGCCAACAAUCACUUUAAAAUGGAUAGUGUCUAUGCAAUUUAGAAUUAAAAUAGUAAACUAAUGGAUAAAAUAUAAAUUAUAGUAAAGUCAGCUAACCCUUAAGAAAUAAAGAAUCAAUUAUCUCAAAUGACAGCGUAUUUUUUAUUGAUCUUAAAAAAAAUAACUAAGCUGAAAACACAUUAUCACAAAAUCAAAGAACAUAUGAAUAUGACGAAAAUUGCAUAUAAGAGAUUGAUUUAGAAAACUAAUAAGCAUACUCUUUAACCAAUAGUAAGUAUGAGAUAUCUAGCAGAAAUAAAAAAUAGUAAGUAUCUCCAUAAAUAUAUUAAGACUAACAAUAUCAUGUAUAAUUUUAAAACCCUUAUUUGAUAUAAAAUCGAAACAGAAAAAAAAUAUAAACUCCAACUCUUUAAGAACAAUAAGUAUAAAAUAAUCAUAAAUCUUAACAUUCAACAGAAAGAAGAGAAUAUUUUAAUUGUUUAGAACCUAAAAAUAAAUUUAAUAAUUAUUAAAAUUAAAAGAAUACAUAAAGUUUGAAUAAGCAAUAAAAUAAUAAUAAUAAUAUAAAAAUAAGCAAAAAUGUAACAGUAAGAAGUUUAUCCAAGCACUAGCAGAAUCCUUCUUUGAGCAAGGGAAUGAGAGUCAAAACUCUAGAAAAUGAAAAAAAGAUCAGAAGUAAGAGUGUGAUUGAGAAUAUAUCUAAAAUAGCAAAUAAAUAAUACAUCACUUAUUUAUUAUAAAAUCAUGCCUCAUGCUGUAGAAAUUUUAGAAAAGAGUUAAAUAAAUCCUUAAAUAUCUGA